AUGGCUAGCACGGGCACCGCCCUCCGCGCGGUGCUAAGGGAUGCAGGUCCCUGUGACCCCUCUGCCUUUCUGGUCACUGCGACCUUCGGUCCUCCAGAACUCCGUGUAGACCUCAAGCAUCGCCAAAGCCCAGGGCUCGGAGGGCUGAGCCGGAGAGCCAAGGCGGGCGCCCUAUAUCCGCCAGGCAUCCCCGACACCUGCUCUGGCCCGCGGUGGGGGGCGGAGGGGGCAAGGCGAGGCCAGUUGUUGGUCCAGAGGCUGAGGCUCAUCGUUCAGCUCUACCAACGGGGAGAGAAAGAGAUGAGGGAGAAGCCAGGCACUCAGCCUGGUCUACUGGAUGAUUCCAGCCCUGCCACUCCAGAUGGGAAUGCACCCUCCACUACAACAACCAGUGCCUUCACCAUCCAGGAGUACUUUGCCAAGCGGAUGGCAGAGCUAAAGAAUAAGCCACAGGUCAUAGCUGCAGGGCCUGACCUCACAGAGACCCAAAUGGAAAGAAAAAGGGGAAAGAAAAGAAAGAAGGAGGCAAAAGAUAAAAAUGUGGAGAAUUACACCGAACCCAAGACCAAGAAGAAGAGAGACCAAGUUGAAUGGCAGCUCAGAGACCCUUGUUGGGACGAGAAUUCUGGUGUUUCUGCUGAGGAUGGAGAGGAUUGUGUGUGGCCGCCUGAUGACCAGGACAUUGCCCCAAAGCCCAAAAAAAGGAAACAAAAGAAAAAGCUACAAAAGCAAGUUGAGGUAGCAGUGGAUGCUAUAUUAGAUGAAAUACCAGUGAAAAAGAAGAAGAAAGGUCCCAAAUAA